UGACGAUGCCUCCACAAAAGGGGAAAAAAUCUGCGAAACCAAAAUCAGCAAAAGGAGCCUCCACAAAAGGGAAAAAUUGGUCAACUGCUGAGGACUUGGUGUUGAUUCAAGCAUGGGCAAACACUAGUCUGGAUGCGGUGACCGGGACCGAUCAGAAUUCAAGUACAUAUUGGGGUAGGAUUUCAGAUCACUACGACGCUCACAAAAAACCGUCAUGGCCGGAGCGUGGUUCUAAUGGACUCACUUGUCGUUACAACGUAAUUUCAGCGCUCACGAGCAAGUUCUGUGCAUGUAUUCAACAGAUAUUAAAUAGAAAUUGUAGCGGAAUGACUCUCUCUGAUAAGGAAAGAGAUGCACACCGCAUGUACAUUGAACUGGAUGAGAAAAAGAAGCCAUUUACAUUAAUGCAUUGCUACAUAGAGUUUGAGAAGUAUCCAAAGUGGCAGACACGUCCGCUUCCUCAGAAGAAACAAAAGAAUACCUCGGAUGCAAGUCCGAGUACAACCUCCAACGAUGAAGACUUCGGCGCAUGCACUGAUGCUCUCGAAGAAGAGCUAAGACCUCCUGGUACGAAGCAUGACAAGAAUGAACGUUUGAGGAAAGGUAAAACUUCUGAAUCCAAUGAUAGUGGUUGCAAGUUAUCAUUAGAAAGUGUGUGGGCACAGAAGAUAGAGAAGGAUGAUAUCAAAGAGGCCACAAAAAUUGCUCGCUAUGCGAGAGCUUUUGAAUUGCAAGAGAACCAGAUUGCAUUGCAAGAGAAGGAGGAUGCACGGAAAUAGUUUGAAUUAGAUGAG